AGUUCCUGGAGGGCAGGGACCAUGUUUUGACCUUUUUGAGUGUUUCCAUAAAUAAUAUUGUGCCGUCCCACUUUAGUGAAACAAAGUCCUUAGUGUAUUGCCAGAGAAACCGAGGCAAGAUGGAGAUGAGAGAAUAUCUAAUAAUUUAUUUAAAAGGGAGAGUUUUACUGGGACCAAAUGGAUCCAUGGUUUGGUUCCAGGGCUGAAUGAGACUACCAUCUCCAAGAAUCCUGAAAACAAUGUGAGUUCUCAAUGACAUGUGGCUCAGACGCAGGGGGUAGACUGAGGCAGGGGCAGAGUCAGGGUGCUGAGAGCAGGAAGGGACUUUGACAGGGCCGGAUGAGCCACAGGAGAUGGGAUGACAUAAUCAGGGGGAGGCACCACCGACAUGGGAAGAGGCAUCUUGAUAAGAUGGUAUCUGAUAUUCUGAUAGCUUGGGAUGGGGAGAGACAUUCUGAUAUUCUAAAAUAUAAGAGGGAGGGAUGGUUUUGCAGGAUUGAGCAGAAAAAUUAUAAGCUGAAGCAGAACAAUUAGGAAAACUGAGUCAGGAUAAUUAGGGAAACUGAGGCAGGACAAUAAAAGAGAACUGUGGCAUAAUCAUUAGCACCUGUAAUUUUUCUCUUGUUCAGUCGUGUCAGAUUGUUUGUCACCUUUUUUUUUUUUUUUUUUUUGAUGGGGGGGGGGGGUUCUUAGCAAAGACACUGGAUUGGCUUGUCAUUUCCUUCUCCAGCUUAUGUUACAGAUGAGGAAACUGAAGCCAGGAUCACACAGCUACUAGGUAUCUGGGACUGAAUUUGAAUUCUGGUCCUCUUGAGCCCAGACCCAGUAUUCAAUCCACUAAGCCUCUAUGAACAUCAGCUACUAUUCGUUGAUGCGAUGGGUGCUUAUUACUCUUGGGAUACAGGACAAGUCGCUUAACGACGGUCUAGGCCUCCGUUUUCCCCUCUGCACAUGAAGAAUUUGGUGUGGCUCUGCAAAUGAUGAGGCUCUAUAAUUGUUCUGAGAUCAGCUCAAGUCGCACAGCUCAGGCUCCACAGAGAACAGAGAGCGAGGUGACGCAACUCGGGGUUAUUUCAGGCAUGGAACAGUGAAAAACAACGGGAUUCCAACCGCCCCAGUCUCCUAGAGGGGCUCCGUCAAAAUCUUCCCGGGCCGGACCUAUACGUCACUUCCGGUUCCGGGCCCUCGUCUUGAUCCCGGAUUUGGAUGUGCUCGAGGGUUGUGGGCUAGCUUUUUCCUCUCUUCCUUCUCCCCACGAUGUCUGCGUACCUAGUGUGGUUACACUGAGCCCUGGGCGCUGCCCCCAGAGCAGGUUUUAGAGCUCUCAUUUGGUUGUGAUCUCCCUGAUGGAGCAAAGGGAAAAGUUGUUGGUACCAAAUCUUGAGGGUUCCAAGGAGAAAAAGAUCUUGAGAAGCUCUUAUACAGAGAAUAAGAACAGCCUGGAAACUCUUACCCAGAAGUAUCCUAAAGAUGAGGAACCUAAGGAGAUACCAUCAGAAUAUGGUACAUCAGAGUAUGGAACAUCUGAGAAAGAUGUUCCCCCAAACACUGACCCUGAGAAUACUAAAGAAAUGCCAUUAGGAAGGAACAACAGGGUCAGGUUCUGGAGUUUUGAGUGGAAAAAUGCUCAUGAAAAUAAUUGUAAAACAGAAACUCAGUGGGGUAAGCCUAUAGGAAAAGAACAAAGUAAAUCUAUUUCCUGGGAAUGGGGCUCCAGAAAAAACAUUGCCAUUACUAUCCAUCAGUCACUACCCAAAAGAGAAAAAUCCCACAAGUGUCUGGAAUGUCAGAAGAGCUUCAAUAACAUCUCUCACCUUCGAACUCAUCAAAGGACUCACACAGGAGAAAAGCCUUAUAAAUGUUUGGAGUGUGAGAAAUGCUUUAGUAACAGCUCCCAUUUGAUUCAGCAUCAGAGAACUCACACAGGAGAAAAGCCCUAUCAAUGUAACAAGUGUGGGAAAAGCUUUAGCAGUACCUCACACCUUAUUAUCCAUGAGAGAACACACACAGGAGAGAAGCCCUAUAAAUGUCCAGAAUGUGGAAAGAGUUUCAGUAGCAGCUCACAUCUUAUUCAGCAUCACAGAUCUCAUACAGGAGAAAAACCUUAUGAAUGUCCUGUGUGUGGGAAAUGCUUCAGUCACAGCUAUGUUCUAAUUGAGCAUCAAAGGACCCACACAGGAGAAAAGCCCUAUAAAUGUCUUGACUGUGGGAAAAGAUUUAGUCAGAGUUCCAGCCUUAUUCGCCAUCAGCGCACACAUACUGGUGAGAAACCCUAUAAAUGUCUUGAGUGUGAAAAAAACUUUGGUUGUAACUCUACCCUUAUAAAGCAUCAGAGAAUUCACAAAGGAGGAAAACCAUAUAAAUGUCCAGAAUGUGGGAAAAAUUUUAGCUGCAUUUCAAACCUUAUUACACAUCAAAAAACACACAUAGAAGAGAAAUCCUAUGAGAGUACAGAAUUUGGUGUAAAUUUGAAUCACAAUUGUAAUGCAGUAGAAUGCCAGAGAACUCAGCCAGGAGAGAAAACGUAUAAGUGUGAGUGUGGGAAAAGUUUCAACCUUAGUUCACACCUUAUUAGACAUCAGAGAACACAUACAGGAGAAAAACCCUAUAGAUGUCCUAAGUGUUGGAAAACUUUCAGUCAAAGCUCCACACUGGUAAUUCACCAGAGAAUUCAUACAGGAGAGAAACCAUAUAAAUGUCCUGACUGUGGGGAAGGUUUCAGUCAAAGCUUUAAUCUUAUCAGACACCAAAGGACCCAUAUGGGAGAAAAACCUUAUAAAUGUACUGAUUGUGAGAAAUCUUUCACUCGUAAUGCUUAUCUCAGUCAGCAUCAAAAAAUGCACAUAAGAGAAAAGCUCUUUCAGUUCCCCGAAGUUGAGGAAAAUUUUACUCAUGAAUGGACCUAGAAACGCCAGGGAUGAGGGGAGGAGGAGAAGGGACAUGGACUUCAUUCACUCAUUUCCAAUUUUCAUAUCUCUUUCCUCAUGAAAGGAAGUUUGUUGUAAACUUUUCCUUUUAUUGAACCAUCAUAAUUAGGAUCUAGUAAAAAUUAGUUUACUGUUGAAUUUCUUUGGCUUAUCAUCAACUCUGAAAAAGAAAGCUAAGGCCACUCUACUUAGAAGAUGCAAAGACUCAAACCAACCAGGUCAUGGAUCUUCCCAGUGACACACAGCAUCAAGGAUGGAAAGAAAACAAUUCUUUAUUUAAGGUAAGACAGAAAUAGUUCAGAUUAAUCCUAAAAACAAAUUUUAAGAAAAAAAUUUUAAAUCUUGAAGCUUGACCUUCUGCUUAACUUUGCAUUUUAGGUGUAGGCAAACUGUUAUUUUUUCCAGAUUCCUUGCUGAUAAAAUGAUUCUGCUAAAGGACAGUGUGGUAUUUCUGGAGUUGGAGAAGUUGCCAACGCAAAAAAAACUGGUAUAACCUUGAGCAGUCUUGUUCCUUGAAAAUUAGCUCUUGUAGAAUGUGACACAAAGUAAAUCAUAAAUAAACACUAGAUAAAUCUUAUUUAUCAGCAAAGAUCUUUCAUGAGGCUGUAGAAAAUCUAGAACUAAAGGUUUUCUCUAUUAUACUGUCUAGAGAAACCAAGAGAGUGUGUGUUAAGAGAACAUUGGAUUAUAGGGCAGGAUACUGCAGGGUCUUUUUAGUCAAUUAGGUUAGCCUAUAACCUUUUGAAAUCCGUUGCCACUAUAGCCCAGUAUCCCUAUCAAAAAGAAGCAAGAUUAGGAGCCUGAAUUCUUUUCUUGUAAACUAAGUUAUUAAUAGCUAGUAUUUUUCCCAUCUCUGUGUCUUGCUUUUUGUAUUGUAUGGGGACUUAGUGAAAUUGAGAAGUAGGUUCUUGUAGCUAGCUCAAUGACUUAAGAGUCAAAUGGACAGAAUUCCAUUAUUAUUGGAGUAAAUAUUGCUUUAUCAGAUCCUAAUAAUGCUUUUACCUUUGGCCUUCCUAAAAAAGAACCCGAGAACUGUGAUUUUUCUAUAUCUUUCCCUGUCCUAAAUAGGAACUUCUGUGGAAAAUAUAAACUCACUUUCCUAAAUCUUUGCUUAUUUGUUGCAAAUGUAUAAACGAUAAAUGUAGGUGAGAAGCCCCAAUUUAUAUCUUAAGGAGUCCCAAAUAUAUUUAAAAAGGAUUGAGGUGAAAAUUUAAAAUUAGGCAGAAGCGAGUUGAACUGUAGUAUUCCCAGAGAAACCCCUCUUUUUGCCAUAUUGAAAUGCAGUGGUCCCCAGUUACACUGGAAUUGCUGCACACUCCCUUCUCACUGAGAUGGAGAUGAUACUGGGUGGUGACUGUAUUAUGAUUUUUUUAAUUGUCAAAUGAUGAAAAACAUUGCAAAAACAAGUCAAAUAAAGAUAUUUAAGAUGUGUUUCUUUUUGAUAAAUUUGCUGCUUGCAGGGGUUGGAGAAGUAUUAGUGGGAAUAAAUUAUCUCAGUUCCAAUGAUUUAUUCCUUUCUAUCAUAGCUUUACAAAUGGCUGUUGAGACCCAUUACCUGCAAUUCCUCAACUUUUAUGAUCAAGAACUCUAAAAUUUCUUUAUCAAUUCUUAGCCUGUUAUAAUUCAUUCUCCCUAUGUAUCACCCCUCCUGAAUCUAUUAUUUGACUUUAAAUAGCCUCUAGUCUCUUCAUUCCCCAGUACCCCUCCAGGUUAUUACCCCAUUUUGAUUUAUUUUCCUUGCUCAACAUUACUCUGUUCUCUACUUUUGAAUCCAUCUCUUUUUUGUUCUAUUGCUGAUCAUGUUUUUCCAAACUAGUCUAUUUCUACUAUCCACCUUCUCUGAUCUUAUAUUGGAAGAAAUGACGUUCCCAUGCUGAUUGAUCCAUUACAAGCCUCCCCUCCCCCCUUUUUUUUCAUUUUAAUUGGGUCCUCACUGAAGUAAUUUAUUCUCAAUUGAUUCUCACACUGUCUCAAAUUUUUCCUACUCUUCUCAAGCCUCUAAUACCACUCUUCUUUCUACUAUCCCAGCAAAAGCAAUAGAGAUGAUUCUCUUUACUACUUUACCUUAUCAGAUGAACAGAAGAGAAAAAGGAUAAAUGUUGGAAAAACUAUGGGGAAAUUGGGGUACUAAUGCACUGUGGGUAAACUUGUGAACUGAUCCAGCCAUUCUGGAGAACAAUUUGGAAGUAUGCUCAAAAGGUUAUAAACACCAUAUUAUUAGGUCUCUUCCAAGGAGAUCAAAAAAGGAGGGAGGAAGGACUUAUUUGUACAAAAAUAAAGCAGUUUUUUUUUUUUUUUAUGGUGGCAAUAUAUAAUUCUGCUUUUUAGCAAAUCUGUUUUAUAAUAUGUCAUGGAAUGUUUUUCCUUUAAGGCUCAAAGCUUUUAGAAAAGAGAAACUCAAGGGACAUAAUUUUUAGUGGGGGAUUAGGGAUGAUGGUUCUACAAUGAAAAAAAUUACCUGGGGCAGACAAUUGCAUAGUCCUAAAUUUAACAGUGAAACAGCUGAACUAAGAUCUUAGCUGAUGGAUUUAGAAUUGGAAAGGACCUUAGAGAUCAUGGAUCAACUGAGGCCCAGAAUCAUGCAGAUAACAAAUGACAAGUUGAUAUUUGAAUGCAAAGAAAAAAAUGAGAGCUCUUUAGUGAAUCUAUUUUAUAAUAUAUCAAUUUAUAAUAUUUUGUAAUUAUAUAUCUUAUUUUAUACUAUUUCAAGGUGUGUGUGUUUCUUUGAAGGUUCAAAGCUUUUAGAAGAUAGAAACCCAGGAGAUGUAACUUUUUAGUGAGGGUUUAGGAAUAAUGGUUCUACAAUGGAAAAAAAUACCAGGGACAGACAGUUGCAUAAUCCUAAAUUUAACAAGUAGAAAUCAUGGAUCAACUGAAACCUAGAGAGGUAAAUGUCAUGCAGUCAACAAGUAACAUGUUCAUUAUUUGAAUAGAAGGUGGGGGAAAAUGAGAAUAUUAAAAAAAUAUAUUUUUUUAAGUUUUCUAUAUCAGGCCGGUGUAAUGUCCUAUGCAAGAAUGGCAUUAGGAAGAGAGGAGAGAGGCAAGAGAUAUUGCAAAAAGGAAACUCAUGAGGGAGAGAGAAUAGAUGAUAACCCAUGUUAAUAAACAUGGGAGAUAGUAUUUAAUCUGAAGGUAGACAGUUGCUUCAAAGUAAAGCAGGCUCAUUAGCUUCUGAUUGUAGUAAAUUACCAUCACUGUCCAACAUAUACAAGGGCAUGAAUAUAAGAGUACAUAUGCAUGACUUUAAGAAUUCAUCAUGACAUCUAAUGUUAAAAUGGUGAAGUGAGGAAGGAAUCUUCUGAAGUCCUCCAAACAACUAGCAAUUCCCCUCCAAACAAGUAAAAAACACCUCAGAAUUGAGUUACUUACAACUAAGUAGACUAUAAAUCCAGGAGAGAUAAUAAAAGAAUAAUUGGAGCAGCUAGAUGGCACAGUGGAUAGAGCACCAGGUCUGGAAGUUGGGAGGAACUGAGUUCAAAUCUGGCCUCAGACACAACACUUCCUAGCUGUAUUGAUCCUGGGCAAGUCACUUAACCCCAAUUGCCUCGACAACAACAAAAAAGAAGACUAUCUUGAAGCUAUUAUUAUUAAAAAAAAAAAAAAAAAAAGCCUGGACAACAUUUUUCAUGAAAUUAUCAAAGAAAAUUGCCCUGAUAUAUUAGAACUAGAGGGCAAAAUAGAAAUGUAAGUAUCCACCAAUCACCACCUUCAAGAGAUCCCAAAAUGAAAAUUCCCAGGAACAUCAUAGUUAAAUUCCAAAGCUUAUAGAUCAAGAUGAAAGUAUUAUAAGCAGCCAAAAAGAAAUAAUUCAAAUAUCUUGGAGCUACAGUCAGGAUUACACAGUAUUUAGCAGCAUCCUCAUUAAAGAGGAAUAAAGAGCAUCCUCAUUAAAUAUGAUAUACUAGAAGACAAAGGAGUUAGGAUUACAACCAAGAAUCACCUAUUCAGCAAAUCUAAAUAUAAUCUUUCGAGGGGGGAGGGGGAAAAAGGGGAGAGGGAAAGAUAUUUAACAAAAUAGAGGAUAGAGGAUUUUCAAGCAUUUCUCAUUAAAAGAGCAGAGUGGAAUGUAAAAUUUGACCUCCAAAUACAAGUCUCAAGAGAAAUAUAAAAAGGUUAAAAAAAAAAUGAAAGAAAACAAUUCAAUAAAGUUAAAUUUGUUUCUAUAUGGCAAGAUAAUAUAUGUAAUCCUUAACAACUUUAUUAUUAUAAGAGUAAAUAAGAGUAUUUCUAGACAGAGGAUGUGGAUAAUAAUAACUUGAUGAAAUUAUAACUCAAGAAAAUAAAAUGAAGAGAAAGAAAUUUGCACUGAAAAAAAGAAAGAAAAUUGUACUGAGGGAGAUUGAAUGGGAUAGAUUAUUCCACAUAAAAGAGGCAUGAAACAGCUAUUAUAAUGAUGAGGAAGUUGGGAGUGGAGAUGGACAAAGCUUAAAACUUACUUUCUUCAAAAUUGGCCUGGUGAAAGAAUAAUAUCCAAUUGGAUACAAAAAUCUAUCUUAAUUUAUAAGGAAUUAAAAAAGGUUGGGGAUAAUAGGAGAGGGAAGGGAGACUGAUCAUGGGGGAUAUAUAUUGGGGAGAGUUGUGAUCAAAAAUAAAAUACUUGUAGGGAAAGAAAAGAUAGAUGGGUAAGAAAAGAGUGGGGAUAAACAAGUAGAAAAUAACAUGAAGGCAAAUAGAUAGUUAUAACUCUGAAUGUAAAUGGGAUGAACUCACCCAUGAAAUGGAAAUGAAUAGCAAAACAGAUUAAAAAAUUAGAAUCCUACAAUAUGUACGUUUGCAAGAAACAUUUGAAGGAGAGAAAUAUAGGGUAAAAGUAAGGGGCUUAAAAUCUAUUAUGCUUCAGCUGAAGCAAAGAAAGCAAUGUAAUAAUUGUAAUUGCAGACUAAACCAAAAAUAGUUCUAAUUAAAAAAGAUAAGGAAAUCAUAUGUUGCUGAAAGGUAUUUUGGACAAUAAAAAUUGAAUGAGUUACAGAAAAAAAUAGAUAAUAAAACUAUAUUAGUGGGAGAACUCAACUUUUCCUCUCUCAGAACUAGAUAAAUCUAACCAAAAAAAUAAACAAGAAAAAAGUUAACAAGGUGAAUAAAACUUUGGAAAAGUUAGAUAUAUAUCAUAGAUCUCUGGAGAAAAGUGAAUGGGAAUUAAAAGAAUAAAUCUUUUUUCUAAAUAGUACAUAGUACCUAUACAAAAACUGUAGGACAUAAAAACCUUACAACCAAAUGCAGAAAAGCAGAAAUAGUAAAUACAUCCCUUUCAGUUCAUAAGGUGAUAAAAAUUACAUUCAAUAAUGGACAAAGGGAAAUUAAAAAUUAAUUGGAAAUUAAUCAUAAAAAGUGGGUCAAAGAACAAAUGAUAAAAACAAUUGAUAAUUUCAGUAAAGAAAAUGACAACAAUAAGGCAACAUGCCAAAAUUUGUGAGAUAUAGCCAAAACAGUACUUAGAGGAAAACUUAUAUAUUUAAUUGUUUACAUUAAUAAAAUAGAAAAAAGAUGAGAUCAGUGAAUUGGGCAUUCAAAUAAAAAAAAAACUAGAAAGAGAACAAAUUAAAAAUCCCCAAUUAGACACAAAAUUAGAAACCAUGAACAUCAAAGGAGAAAUUAAUAAAAUUGAAAGUUAGAAAAUCAUCAAACUAAUGAGUAAAACUACUGGUUUUAUGGGGGAGGGAGAAGAGAAUAAUAAAAUUGAUAAACUUGUUAAUUUGAUUUUAAAAAGGAAAGAAGAAAUUCAAAUUAAUAUCAAAAAUAAAAGGGGCAGAUUCGCCACCAAUAAAGAGAAAAUAAAGAUAAUAGUUAGGAGCUCUUUUGUCCGAUUUUAUGCCAAUACAUUUGACAAUUUAAGUGAAAUGCAUGAAUAUCUAUAAAAUAUAAAGUACCGAAAUUAACAGAAAAAAUAAACUAUAUAAAUAACCAAAUCUUAUUAAAAAAAAUAUUGAAUAAGCUAUCAGUGAACUUCUUAAGACAAAAUCCCCAAGACCAAAAGGAUUUGCAAGCAAAUUCUUCCAAACGUUUAAAGAACAAUUAAUUCCAGUACUACAGAAAUUAUUUGAAAAAAUAGGUGGAAAAGGAAUCCUACCAAAUUCCUUUUAAGACACAAAUGUGGUGCUGAUACCCAAACCAAGAAGAAUCAAAAUGGAGAAAGUUAUAAACCAGUUUCUCUUAAUGAAUACUGAUGUAAAAAAAUUUAAAUAUCAGCAAAGAUCAUACAUUAUGAUCAGGUGGAUUUAUAUCAGGACUGCAGGAGUGGUUCAAAAUUUGGAAAACUAUCAGCAUAACUGAUCCUAUCAAUAACAAAACCAACAAAAAAUCAUAUAAUUAUUUCAAGAUGCAGAAAAAUCCUUUGACAAAACUAAGCAUCCAUUCAUAUUAAAAUCCCUGUAGAGCACAGGAAUAAGUAGAGCUUACCUUAAAAUAAGUACUACUUAUCUAAAGUUCUUCCACACGCAUUGUUUGUAAUGGGGAGAAGCUAAAAGUCUUUCUAGUAUAAUCAGAGGUAAAGCAAGGAUACCCAUUAUCACCUCUAUUAUUUAAUAUUGUUCUAGAAAUGUUAUAUUAAUAAGAGAAGAAAAAGAAAUUAAAAUUAGAAUACUCAAUGAGAAAACAAAACUAUUAUUCUUUGCAGAUGAUAUAUUAUGCUUAGAAAAUCCUAUAGAAUCAACUAAAAAAACUGAAACUAUUAAUAACUUUAAUAAAGUUGCAGGAUGCAAAAUAAACCCACAUAAAUUAUUAGUCAUUUUUUAUAUUACCAACAAAGUUCAUCAGCAAGAGAAAGAGAAAUUCCAUUUAAAAUAACUGGAGAUCAUUUAAAUACUUGGGAUUUUACCUGAUAAGACAAAUCCAAGUACUAUAUGAGCAUAACUAUAAAACAUUUUUCACACAAAUAAAGUCAAAUCUUAACAAUUGGACACAUAUUACUCAUGGAUAGGUUGAGCUAAUAUAAUAAAAAUGACAAUUCUGCCUAAAUUAAUAUAUUCAGCAUCAUACCAAAGUAUCAAAAAAGUAUUUUAUAAAGCUAGAAAAAAUAGUAUCAAAAUUCCUCUAGAAGAACUCCAGGAUAUGAAGGGAUUCAAUGGGAAAAAAAAAAUGUGAAAGAAAGUGGUCUAGCCAUAACAUCUCAAACUAUUAUAAAACAGUAGUUAUUAAAAUAACUUGGUACUGGCUAAGAAAUAGAAUGAUGGAUCAAUGAAAUAGAUUAGGUAUAAAUUGUAUUAUGGUAAACCCAAGAUUUUAAAGCCAAAAACUCAUUGCUUAACAAAAGCUAUUAGGAAAAUGAAAAACAGUAUGUAAACACUAAAUAUAGACCAACAUCUCACACUGUGUGCUAAGAUAAGGUUAAAAUGGGAAUAUACACAUAAAAAAUUAGAAUGGAAUAAUUUAUCUACAGAUUUAUAGAUAAGGAAAUAAUUUAGAACCAAAUAAUAUAAAGCAUUACAAGAUGUAAAAUAGAUCAUUUUAAUUAUAUAAAAUUUUAAAAAUUUUACAAAACAAAAUACAAUCAAAAUUAUAAGAAAAGCAGAAAAAUAGGAUCGGGAUGAAUUUUGUUACCAGUAUCUCUGAUAAAAAUCUUAUCUCCCAAAUAGUAAAAGAACUGAAUCAUAUUUUUAAAAAUAUGUCAUUCCCCAUUUGAUAAAUGUUCAAAGGAUAUGAACAAUCAGUUUUCAAACAAAUAAAUCAAUACUCUUUAUAGUUAUAGGAAAAACAUUCUCUAAAUCAUUAUUGAUCAGAGAAAUGCAAAUUAAAACAUCUCUGAGAUGCUGCCUCACACCUUCAAAGUGGCUAAUAUGGCAAAAGGACAUGUUAGAUGUUGAAGGGAAUGUGGAAAACUGGAUCACUAAGGCACUAUUGCUGGAGUUGUGAACUAAUCCAACUAUUCUGGUGAGCCAUUUGGGACUUUGCUCUAAGGGCUACAAAAAUUUCUAAGGGCUAUAUAAAAAAUAUACCUUUCAAUUUAGCAGUGUCACUACUGGAUCUAUAUCCCCAAAAUAUCUCCCCCCACUAAAAAAAGGGAAAGGAGCCUAUUUGUACAAAAAAUAUUUAUAGCAGCUUUUUGUGGUAGCUAAGAAUUGGAAAUCAAAGGGAUGCCCAUCAAUUAGGAAAUGGCUAAAUAAGUUGUAAUAUAUGAUUAUAAUAGAAAUUAUUAUAAGAAAUUACAAGGAUAAUGUCAGAAAAACCUGGAAUUGCUUAAAUGAACUUAUGUAUAAUGACAUUUCAGGACAUUAUAUAUUAUACACAGCAAUAGCAAUAUUACACAAUGAAAAACUAUGAAAUAAUUUAGCUAUUCUCAGUAGUACAAUGAUUUUAAGACAAUCCCAAAGGACUUAAAGCAUCUUCCUGAGUUCAAAUCUGGCCUCAGAUAGUUCCUAGCUGUGUAACUCUGGGCUAGUCACUUAAUGCUGUUUGCCUCAGUUACCUCAUAUGUAAAAUGAGCUGGAGAAGGAAAUGGUAAACCAUUCUAGUAUCUCUGUCAAGAAAAUCCCAAAUGAACUAUGCUCAAAAAGUUAACAAACUACAUACCCUUUGACCCAGCAGUGUUACUACUAGGCUUAUAUCCCAAAGAAAUCUUAAAGGAGGAAAAGGGACCCACAUGUCCAAAAAUGUUUGUGGAAGUCCUUUUUGUAGUAGCAAGAAACUGGAAACUGAGUGGAUGCCCAUAAGUUGGGGAAUGGCUGGAUAAAUUAUGGUAUAUGAAUGUUAUGGAACAUUAUUGUUCUGUAAGAAAUGACCAACAGGAUGAUUUCAGAGAGGCUUGGAGAAUCUUACAUGAACUGAUGCUAAGUGAAAUGAGCAGAACCAUGAGAUUGAUGUACAUGGCAACAAGACUACAUGAUGAUCAAUUCUGAUGGAUGUGGUUGUCUUCAACAAUAAGAUGAUUCAAACCAGUUCCAAUUGUUCAGAAAUAAAGAGAGCCAUCUACACCCAGAGAGAGGACUAUGGGAACUAAAUGUGGACCUCAACAUAGCAUUUUCACUCUUUCUGUUAUUAUUUACUUGCAUUUUUGGUUUCUUUCUCAAGUUUUUUUUUCCUUCCUAGAUCUGAUUUUUCUUGUGCACAAAAUAACUGUAUAAAUAUUCAUACAUAUAUUGGAUUUAACAUAUAUUUUAACAUAUUUAACAUGUAUUAGACUACCUCAUCUGAAGGAGGGGCUGGGGAGAAGGAAGGAAAAAUUUAGAACAGAAGGUUUUGCAAGGAUCAGUGUUGAAAAAAUUACCCAUGUAUAUGUUUUGUAAAUAAGAAAAUUCCAAAUGGAAUCACCAAGAGUCAGAGAUGACUGAAGUUACAGAACAACAUCAUCAACAAAGAAGAAGGCAUUGAAAGAAACAGAUGAUAGAGAGAAAGGAAGAGAAGUAAAAAAGCAUGGUGUCUCUGAAACCAUGGGGAAAACAGUAUUAAAUAAGAAGUAGUCAGUAAUGUCAAAAGUUGCAGGCAGAUCAUGGUUUAUGAUGACUAAAAAAUGGCCAUUGAAAAUCAACUAAUGUAACAAGAACAAGAGCCAGGAAAAUGACAUUAUGACAAGAACAUUGCAAAUGGAAAAAACAGCCACCAAAAGCCAAGUCCCAAAGAAGAGAUAUGAAAAGAAACCUCUUUACAUUACUGUGCAUAGGUUGGAGGGAUACAGGAGUGUAUCCCUGAGUAUAAUGUCAUAUUUUUCAAUGUAUAGAUUGGUUUUGUGUACUUUGCCCCUUCUCUUUAUAGUUUUUCUUUGAUUAAAAAAAAAAAGUCUGCUUUA